AGAGCAAGUGCAGGGCGUCGAGGUGAGAGACAAGGUAGGAAAUCACUAAGCCCCAAGAUCCCGACACGUGUUAAGGUUGCGAAGGAGAGACAAACACACACUCACAAAUCAGUGUGUCCCAAACCCUACUGUAACUGAAAUCCUCUCUGUUUUCCUCUAUUUAAUUCCCUUUUGCUUCUAAUCUUCCAUUCUCCUUUCACUUGCUCUUCCUCUGUUUCAGCUUGCUCAUGUUGUUCAUCGCUAUUAUUUGAGUCAGAGGAUUAUCACUAUGUCAGUUGCCCCAGUUCAGAAUAUCCCCUCAUUAAACAGUGAUCUCUUCUAUGACAUAUUACGACGACUUGAUGGCGCAACAUUGGCUAGUGCAGCAUGUACUUGUGCAGCGUUUUGUUCCAUCUCAAAAGAAGAGAGUUUAUGGGAAAAUGUAUGUUCAUCUAUGUGGCCUUCAACCAAUAGGGAGGAUGUGAAAAGUUUGAUCUCUUCAAUUGGGGGAUUCAGAAAAUUCUAUGCAGAUUGUUUUCCACUUAUUGUGAACAAGGAGGUUGCAGACUAUCAACGGAACAACAAUCUUGAGUAUCCUGACAAUUGGACUGAAGCUGAAUAUUAUGGGGACAUGAAUGAAUCUGAAAGCAUAUCACCAUCAGAUUUUGUUUCUAUUGUAGAUAUUAGGUUCAAGGGGAAACCAAUCUGUUCCAAAGUUCUAUGGGGAAUUCCAAAUGCAAAUGGCUAUGAUGGUUGGUUCUAUAACUGUCCUUUCAGGAUUGAUAUUCUCACUUAUGCAGAUAGAGAUGAUAACAAUGAUGGAGUGGUUAACCUUUCUGUAUCUGAUGGUCUGCCACCAAUUACAUCCUUGGAAAGGGAAAGGAAAGACGGAAAACUAUGGCACGAGCUCCGUGACGGGCUCCAACUUAGUUGGAUUAUAGUAAACAGGAAAAUAAAGCAAGCUGCUAAUCUUGCUAGUUGGAGCCCUCUUGGUGGUCAAAGACAUUGGCCAACAGAUAAGGAUUUUGUUAUUCGCUUUGGAUCAGUUCUCCCUGCCAAGGACAUUCUUCCUUGUCAAGUAGUGGAAUGUAUCCUUAUUAUGAAGUUUAGAGUGACUCAGACUGAAGGAGAUGGGGUUCAAACAACUCUUAAAUUAACAGAGCUGAGCAUGCAGUUGGAAGACAUGGAAGGUGCUCAUGUUAAUGGAAGAAACAGUUUGCAUAUUAUUAAGGAAGCUCUUAGCUGCCGAAGGAGCAAAAAUUAUAGUGAAGUACUUGAGUCUUGUCAUAUGUAUUCAAAAGUGCAAAAUCAGUUGAAAGAGGAGAAGAUGAGAAGCGAAAGUAGGUUGGAUAGACUUUGUAUUUUAAGUGGCAUUGCUGCUUUUAUGACAUUCUGGUACUGCGUUUUAUGAAAUGGUGGAGCAUUUCAUUAAUGGAAUAAGCUAAUGUCGCUCCUAACAAAUUUUUGACGUUGGCACUGCCAUGUAACUUGUGAUUUUGCUUACCCAAAUAAAGAAAUGAAUGUUUGUCAUUGGUUUGAGAGUUAUA